AUGCUUCGCCUGCUUGCGAGAUGCGUGCGUCCGACGGGAUGGCCGUUCCAUCUGACGUCCGUCGCCUGCAACUCUUCGUGCAACUCUUCGUGCAAACCUCAGCAGAAGUGUCCCGAUCCCUGCGAUAACCUCGCCGCUGUACUCUGCGCCCCUAAGGAUCUUCGCUUGGAGCAACGGCCUAUUCCUGAACCGAAGUAUGACCAAGUUCUUCUAAAGAUGGGCCCAGUUGGUGUAUGUGCCUCCGACGUCCAUUACUAUGUUGAUGGUCGGAUAGGAGAGUUUGUAGUGAAGGAGCCUAUGGUUCUUGGACAUGAAGCGGCAGGGGUCGUCGAGAAAGUGGGAUGUACCGUGACGAACCUGAAGUGCGGUGACCGUGUGGCAAUAGAACCCGGAGUGUCUUGCAGGCUGUGCAGCUUCUGCAAAGAGGGCCGCUACAACCUGUGUCCUGACGUCGCCUUCUGUGCGACGCCGCCCGUAGACGGCAACCUGGUCCGCUACUACGUGCACGCCGCUGACUUCUGCUACAAACUGCCAGAUCACGUGUCGCUGGAGGAGGGGGCGCUCCUGGAGCCGCUGUCUGUGGGGGUGCACGCGUGCCGCCUGGCCGGCGUCUGCCCGGGCUGCAAAGUGCUCGUCAUCGGCGCCGGGCCCGUCGGGCUGCUCACCGUCGCCGCCGCCAAGGCGUUCGGCGCCAACAAGAUCGGCAUCGCAGAUAAGAAUGACUUUCGGCUUGGCGUCGCCAAGAAAAUGUGCGCAGAUAUUACUUUCAAGCAGUGCGACGACGACGACGAAGCAAAAUUCGUGCAGGAGGUAAGGUGUGGCAUGGGUGGAGCUCCACACGUCACCAUCGACUGCUCUGGCUUCGAGAGCACGAUUAGGAGGGGCAUACUGGUUACACGUUACGGUGGAAAGUAUGUUCUUGUAGGCAUAUCUACCGACUGCAGUUGUAUGCCAAUCGUUCCAGUGUGUCACGAAGUCGAUGUGAUGGGCUGUCUCCGCUACCGCAACUGCUAUCCCAUAGCGCUGAGCCUGGUGGCUACCGGAAGAGUCGACCCGAAGCCAAUCAUAACGCACUGCUUCAAGUUAGAGGAGUCAGUGAAGGCAUUCGAGACGGCAGUCUGUGGAACGGGCAAUCCGAUAAAAAUUCUCAUUCAUGCCAACAAAAUUUGCUAA